AUGGCACAGAACAUACCCUAUCUAGGGCCUAUUUAUGGAGGGCUGAGGGAAGGGAUGUCCAUCUAUAUCCAGGGGACCAUUCCUAAGCACAUCACCAGGUUCUUUAUCAACCUGAUUUGCGGAGAAUAUGAAUCCAGCGACAUUGCCCUACACUUCAACCCUCGAUUUGAUGGCUGGGACAAGGUGGUCUUCAACACCUGUCAGAAUGGAUCCUGGGGAUUAGAGGAGAAGAUUCACAGGAUGCCUUUUCGAAAAGGAGAGCAUUUUGAAAUGGGUGGAAUGGGAGGAGGAAUGGGAGGAGGAUAUCCAGGAGGUGGCAUGGGGGGAGGUUACCCAGGUGGCAUGGGAGGAGGGAUGGGAGUAAGUCCAGGAGGAUAUCCAGGAGGUGGCAUGGGGGGAGGUUACCCAGGUGGCAUAGGAGGAGGAAUGGGACCUGUGCCCUACUCCAACAUCAUCCCAGGAGGGAUGUUCCCUAAGAGGACUAUCGUCAUCAGAGGCAUGGUUCCCUAUGGAGCACACAAAUUAAGCAUCAAGUUUUUGGUGAGCAGAUCUCGAGAUGUCGCUUUCCACAUCUAUCCGAGAUUCAGGGAAGGAAUUGUUGUAAGAAACAGUAUGAUUGGAGGAAACUGGGGCCAGGAGGAGAGAGAAAUGAGCAUGAAUCCAUUUAUGGAGGGCCAGUACUUUGAUAUGUCAAUCCGUUGUGGGAACCAGAGGUUUAAGGUGUUUGUGAACGGGCAGCACCUGUUUGACUUUUCCCAUCGCUGGCAGUCCUUCAAUGAGAUCGACAUGCUGGAGAUAGAAGGCGAUGUGCAGAUCUCCUACAUCCACUUCUGAUACCACACACUAAAGAAAUAAAUAAUUUUGUGCAUCUUUCAAAAAAUGUUAUUUUUUUAAAUAACAUAUUUCAAAAAUAUCUCAUCCACAGAGUUGCUUAUCUCAGUUUCUUACCUGCUUUGAGAUCAGAUAUCUCAAUAAGAUCAAAUGUCACCUCAGUAUCUGCUGUA